GAUAGAAGAAGCCAGAAGGGUCGCGGAGGACACGCACGGAGAUAACGAGCGGAUGUCUGUGGUCAGCGGUCGUCUACUUGACAGGUAACUAAAGUGUUCCCCGAUAGAAUCGGUUUGUUUUCGUAUCCAUUGGUGCGGGCACUGUUGAGCGAUUACGAUUAUUUCCGUCGAAGUGAAACAUACAAACGAUAAAAAGGAUGUACGACUGUAUAUUUCGUGCGUGUUGAUUUGUCGACAGCUCAAAAGAGGAGAGCGUACAUGGCGAACCGGAGAACGAAAUCGUUCGGAUACCGGACGACGCGUUCGUAACCAGUAGAGGCGUCGUGCUAGCAGAAAAACCGGGUGAUUCGGUUCACACGAGUACAUUUCAAGGAAAUUUGAAAGAUAACAACAUACUGUCCGGUAAGGGUACCAAUGUUAUUAACGCGUAUGCAUACUUGUGUGCCCCGCGCGAACGAUUGAAUUCAACAAAUUUUCCGAGUGAAGAAAUAACAAUUUACCGUUCGCGUACGAUCAACAUAAUAUUAAGACGAAAAAUAUUGUAAUACUCAUGUAUAUUUUUAUUACCGUGACAUGUGCGACCGAAGCCGACCGUCGCGGGGACACCACGGUUGUACUUCGUCGUAACGGACGUGAAAACGGGAUGGCGAAAAGUCUCCGAGAAGUCGUCCACACGGUCGCGGACCGUCAGGAAGUAGAUGUUCACCACGUAUCGAUGUGUCUAUGUGGCUGUCAGAACCGAAAUCUUGUAGAUGCGAAAAACGGAAGAAAAUCCGUACACGACGAACGUGACAAGGCCGAACCUGAUGCGUUACGGCAACGAGCCCAAAUCGAUGAAGCCAGAAGAAAUGUAAUGGAAAUGGAGACCGAUUCCGGUGAUAAAAAGAAGAUUGUAGUCGGUCAGCCACUAAACGAAAGAUUUGCCAUCAGCCAAAACGGAAAAUCCGAAACCAUUGGUCUUGCGUUGGAUGUUACUUUGGUACCAGUCGUUAUGUUCAUGUCUGGUAAAGGUGUUGGGUUAACUAAGAAAGAACAUGAUUCAAAUACUGCAAGUCCGACUGAAGCACCUGAAUACCUACUCCAAAGGGAUAUAAAUUUGAGACUUACCCAACGUCCGAUUGAAGCUGAUCGUCACCAUUUUACCAGGGUCGUUUUUGAAAGACGACUUCAAAACGGGAUCAUAAAACAAUACCGAGAAAUUCUCACGGCCGAGGAGCUCCGAGGAGAUGCUGUCACUCGAUCACUGAGUGGUCAAUGCAACUGUAAUUUAUGCCAAAAUGACUUUUGAUAUGGAAAACGGUUUAUUUUAAACACGUUCCACAUUAUUUAUUUAUUCUUGUUUAAAUUGUAAUUGUUUCAUUUCAAGAAA